UGAUUUUAACGGUAUCAUCUUUCAUUCUCAAAACAACUUGAAUCCAUUGUCUGCCGACGGACUACCGACGACGCACGCGACGGUUGACAUUUAAAUUGAACUUUAAAAAAUAAAUACAAAUUAAAAUUUGAUGGAAUUAUUUUAUUGUUUUGCAUAACAAAUGUUGACGUAGAAUUUUUACAAAACAGAAAAAGAAAAUAUUUUAAUAAAUAAAAAAGUCAGUGUAAUUGAGACAAUAUGUCUUCGACUGAAAUGAAUGGUAGCACUUGCAACGGUGGUAGUGGUUCUGAGUCAUUUAAAAAAAUUCUCGAUAUUCAUAAUAAUUUAAAUCGAUCAAAUUUAAAUAAUAACAAUAAAUUUAUUGGUGUUGUUGCGGUUGAUAGUGAACAUCAUCGGGUAAAUGGCGGUGGCCCGUGCCCGGGCGGUGUAAAUAAUGAAGAUCAUAAAUUUAGUGAUAAAGUUUUUGGUUGGGGUAAAUUUCAACCGAAAUUCUUACAACGAUUUUGCACAGCUAAGUGGGCACUAUUUUGGCUUUGCUGGGGGGGAGCAAUGCAAGGUCUUAUCGUAAACGGUUUCAUCAACAUUGCUAUCACAACUAUCGAACGCCGCUUCGGCUUACGCUCACGUCAAACUGGACUUGUUGCUAGCGGUUAUGACAUUGCAUCAUUCAUCUGUCUUGUUCCUGUAUCAUACUUUGGUGGACGUAUUGGAGCUUCAAAACCACGCUGGAUAGCUUGGGGUAUAAUUCUUAUGGGAUUAGGAUCAAUUGUUUUUGCUCUACCGCAUUUCAUAGCAAGUUCUUAUAAAGCAACUUUUUCCGAAGAUAACACCUGUCAAAGUGCGAGAAAUUCAACUGUUGACUAUUGCAAUGAAGAAUUCAAAUCAGAAACUGAGAAGGAAAAUCUUUCAUGGAGUAUAUGGUUCUUUUUUGCUGCCCAACUUUUACAUGGUGCUGGAGCUUCACCAUUGUUUACACUGGGCGUUACAUAUAUCGAUGAAAAUGUCUCCAAGAAAAUGUCAUCCGUUUACUUAGGAAUCUAUUACACAAUGGCAGUAAUUGGUCCAGCUAUUGGAUAUGUCCUAGGAGGACAACUUUUACAAAUCUAUACGGACUUCUUAACCGUCGAUUCAGCAACAUUGGGCCUUACAAGUCUUAGCAAAGUUUGGAUAGGCGCCUGGUGGAUUGGAUUCUUCUUUGCCGCCCUAGCAUGUGUUCUAUUAUCAAUUCCCAUAUUUGGCUAUCCCAAAUCUCUGCCUGGUUCUGAAGAGAUUAAAUUGGAAAGAGUUUCCGAAGCUUAUAAUGGACAUGGACAAUCGGAAAAAGAUAAUCAAAGUUUCACCAAACUCAAAGAACUUCCCAAGGCCCUGCUAUCACUUCUUCGAAAUCCUACGUUUUUCUUCCUUAAUUUAGCUGGAGCAUCUGAGGGUCUUGUUAUUGCUGGAUUUUCAGCAUUUUUACCAAAAGAAAUUGAAAACCAAUUUAGUAUUUCUCCAAUUUGGUCAGCAUUGAUUAUGGGAAUUAUUGUCGUGCCCGCUGGAGGCGGUGGUACAUUUUUGGGAGGAUAUUUGAUUAAGAAAUUCAAUCUAGCAUGUGCGGGCAUUAUUCGAAUGUGUCUCAUAGCAACUACAAUUUCGGCAUUUUUCACAAUGAGCUUUUUGUUGUCUUGUAAGAACUUGAGCUUUGCUGGAGUUACAGCCCCGUAUUAUAAAGGCGACAUUAUCGCAACAACAAGUGUCAAAAUGACAGAGAUGGCUUUACAAUUGGAUGACACUUGUAACAGUGGAUGUCAUUGUAGUCGAAUGAAUUACGAUCCAAUUUGUGGAUCUGAUGGCGUUAUGUAUUUUAGUCCAUGUCAUGCUGGCUGUCAACAAGAGCGAGCUUUUGGUGAGUCGAAGAUUUAUCUGGACUGUGACUGCAUUAAAUCACCGGAAAAUGCUACAUAUGAAGCUAUAAACACAAUGUGUGAAUCGAGCUGUUCGCACUUGUGGUAUUUUGUCUUUUUCUGCUUUGUUCUUAUGCUGUUUACGUUCCUAGCAACAAUGCCAGCUUUAUCAGCGACCUUGAGAUGCGUCCAAGAUGACCAGCGUUCGUUUGCCCUUGGCAUUCAGUGGAUCAAAGUUCGUCUCUUGGGAACAAUUCCAGCACCCUUGAUAUUUGGCUCCCUGAUAGAUGAGACGUGCAUUUUAUGGAAGGAAACCUGUGAAGAACAUGGAGCAUGUCUUGUUUACGACAACGACAGCAUGAGCAGGUCAAUGUGGAUUCUCGCACUCACUGGGAAAAUAUCAUCGGUGUUGUUUUUCUUUGGCGCAUGGUGGUUCUACAUUCCACCCAAAGCUGUCAGUGAAAAUAACGGUGAAGGAGGAGGAAAUGCUAUUAACAGCGACAACAAUAGUCAUGAUAUUGAUGUCUGCUAUGAAGAAGACACACAGUCACAACAAGAGCAACAAGUGCAGAAUUGUCAGUCAUCCAUUGAGGGAGAAUUUAUGAAUGAAAAUUUAGAGCAUGCGCACAAAGUUCAACAUUCAAACAGUCGCGGAAGAUUUUAAGUGACAAAUAUUUUUUGAGUUUUGUGCGAAAGUUUCGAUAAAAGAAAAAACACUGCCAUUUUAUAAGAUAAAUGUAGAUUUUUGAUAAACUCUUAUCUGUUUAUACGCGUCGGAAGUAGAUUACAUACAUACCUAAUACAUUUUUAAUAUUGUGAUGAAUAUUUUACUUUACCUAAUUAAGAAUUAACUUAAAGGUAAAUAUAAACCCCUAAUUCUUGUGUUAUGUGUUAGAUUUAAGAAUGCUGUCAUAAAUGUCAUGUAGAUUUUUCUAAAUUAAAAAAAAACUAAUAAUACUAAAUUUGAUUCAACCAGAUAUGUGCUUAAAAGUUAAGAAAUGUCAAAUUCGAAAUGACAGUUACAAAAGUUAUUGUCAAUCAAAAACUUAAAUAUAAAAUUUCACCUGUCAAUUGUCAUAUUCUGCCAUUACUGACUAAAAUAAUUUCAACAUGUUUAAAAUGUCCAGUGUAAGCUGCUGUCAGUAUAAUUUUUCAAUUAGGUUUG